AUGGCGUACUACGAACCUCAGGGAUGGCAAGCUCCCACCACGCGCCAGGCGUCAUGGGAGCAGCCAGUGCCUCCGUCGCGAUCAGGCUCGAGUUCUGUUUCCCAGCGCGACGAAGCCCCUGCCUUUUCCUCUCAAUUUGAUGAGGUCGAUCGUGCCAUCGACAACCUCGUGAAGAGUGGGAAAUUAUGGGCUACUCCGCGCAGAGAUUCCAUGCCCAUGAUGGUGGGUCGUGGCUACCCCGAAUACGAUCCUCGCGGGAGCAACAUGUCCCAUCGCCAUCACUCGAUUAGCGAAUUCGAUGGCAACAGGGUACACCCAACCCCCAAUAUGCAAGGUUUCUAUGCGUCGCAACGGUACCAAGGUCGCCCAAAUGAAGUAGAGCAGAUGAUGCAAGCAAAGCGUCGGAUGGCAGCACAGCGUGAGAGGGAACUCCGCAACUAUCACCAAGAGCAACAGUACAAUCGAAGCCUUUUAGCCGAAAUGUCUGGCAGCAAGUCCGAACGCUCGCUCAGUCCCGCCGCCAUGAGCGAGGAAAGCCGCCGAGAACUUUUGGCUCGUCAGCAUAGGGCCCUGUACGGCAACGACAGCCCCGCCUUCUUCCCUCCAGGCAAUUUCGCGGAUGAUAGCUCCCGACCAGAGAGCCAAGCAGGUGGUACCCCGUCCUCUGCUAUUGGUGUUCGAGGUUCCUCUCCCCGCAGCGUUGAUCCAUUCGGCCAAUCGGCUGCCCCAGGUAGCGCAGAGACCGGUCCUCAGCCCUCACUUCAGUCUCCUUCUCGUGCCGACAGUACCUCGUCCCCCAGCUCCGGUAUUAACCCUGUCUUCGGAAAGUAUGAUGGCACCGACCCGACGGUGACCUCGACCUCGUCGCCCGGCGGGGCUGAUUCCCCUUCCUCGAGACAGGCGCCGUCCAAGUCGGUCAUCGGACCCGUAGGCCCCAUUGGUUCCCGUCCACUUCAACAGACUAGUUCCGUUCAGGCCCCCAACCCAGCUCUAAACAAGCGCUCUACUACCCCGCUACCUUCUCCUCUUGGAUUCGGCUUCACUCCCGGUGAGUCGUCUGUGGCCGGGCCUAACGAUCGUUCGUUGUCAUCGGCCUCCAACCCUACUGCUUCAACAUCUGUAGGAACCGCCAGUGCUAAGGAUACCUCCGGCGGUGUUGGACUUGGCUGGGGCAAUAGCAGCGGCGUCUGGGGCUCUAAAACUGGACUGGGCGUCCAGGCUUCGGUGUGGGGUUGA